AUGCAGGUGCCAGUGCGCAGGCCGGCCCCGGACUCCUCCAGCCUCGAGGAGCGCGAGCCUCGCUCGGUCUUCGGCUCCGGGGUCGCUGCCACCGGCUACAGGGUGAGGACGCCGGGCCGGUGCCCCAAAGUGGUCGUGGAGCAGUGGGCGCCCCGCGCACUCGCAGCCCUCCCUGCUUGGCGCCCCUCGACCGCGGGGGGCGGCCUCUGGGUCUGUGGGCGUGGCCUGGACUCGGUCGCCAUGGGCUCGCGAGUUCAGAACGGGGAGGUGCAGCCGAGGAGCCCGACGUUGGGGCCGCGGUGUGCGCGUCGGGCGCGCCCAGAGGAGCUCGAGGCAUGCUCGGUCCUUGGCUCCGGGGUCGCCGCCACCAGCCGCGGCCACCGGCCGCAGGGUGAGGACGCUGGGCCGGGGCCUCAGGGUGGUCGUAGAGUGGUGGGCACCCGGUACGCUUGCAACCUUCCCUGCCCGGCGCCUCUCGAGUCUCCACUCGGCGGGGCUGCCCCACGACCGCAGGGGAUGGACUCUGGGUCUGCGGACGCUGCCUGGGCCUUGUCUCUGCGGGCGCGUGGAUCCAGGACAGGGAGGUGCCACCAAGGAGCACGAAACUUGGGCCGCCUCAUGUGCUUUGGACGCGGUGGGUCCGCAGGUGUGAAGGGAUCUCUGCUCCCGGAAUGCGCGCAGGUGGUGUGGGCGCACAGCUCAGGGAUCCUGUUCGCUGGCCGCCGGUAG